CCCCGGGGGGGGGCCAGGGCUGCGGCCGUCCGUGCUGGCCGGGGAGCCCCGGUAGGGGGGAGCCGGGCUGUUUCUCCCUCCGGAGCCCCCCCGGCUGGGCUGUGCGGGACGGGGGGCUGCAGAGGUGGUCUCUGCAAGCGGGAACGGGACUGGGAGGUGAUGGGGUGCGGCUGAUUUGGGGGGUCCCAUCCUGGCUGGCAGGCGGUGGGGCUGGGGGAGGCACGGCGGGUCCCAGGGGAGCCCCCGGCGAGGUCUCACUGCCUUCCCCUGGGGGUGUCCCUGCAGCCUUGACCCUUUCCCUGGGCUUGGUGGCAACAGGCCACCCAUGGGGUGCCGGCCGCCUGCCAGGGUGAGCAGCGGUGGCACUGGGGCUGUCACAUCAGUUACCGGGAUGGCUUUUGCUCCCCUCCAACUUCAGCAUCACAGCCCCCUUGCUUGCCAGCUGCCCCGGGGGCUGGCAGCGGUGGCGUGGAAGCUGGCAAGGCUCAGCCAAGAGGUGUGAUCCAAUUAUGGCCCGGCUGCUCUGCCUGAUCCUCCCCGAGGUUUUGGCUUCAGCAGGGAAGUGACCCGGUGCUGUGGCAGCCCAGGACGUGCCUGCGGCUGGCACUUGUGCCCCGGUUCUCUUCCGCUGCCUCGGGGAGUGCAUCUUCUCAUCCACACCAGCAUGGGUGGCUGGCGGAGCCAUGCAGUCCUCAGUCCUCCGCCUCUCACCCAGGAUCCGGGUCCCCAGCUCAGCCCAAGACGCACCCUGGCACUGGGAGCACUGGCCGCAGGCUGGCAGGGGCAGCCAUGAGGGACAUGCUCUGGUCUGGGUACCGGCAGAGCCUUGUCCAUCUUGCCUGGAUGUGCCUGUUCUCCUCUGUGCCGAACGGUGGGGCCAGGGUGCUGGAGAAGACCUUCGAGGAGUGGAUGCGGUACCGUGAUGAGUGCUUGAGGAGGAUGGCAAGCGAGCCCUACCCGGCAGGGCUCUUCUGCAACCGGACAUUUGACAUGUAUGCCUGCUGGCCCGACGGGAGCCCCGGCACCGCCGUCAAUGUCUCCUGUCCCUUCUAUCUGCCCUGGUUUGAGAAAGUGAAACACGGGCUGGUGAGCCGCAGGUGCGGCGCCGAUGGGCAGUGGGUGACGGUGAAUGGCAGCCAGCCCUGGCGGGACUACUCGCAGUGUGAGGAGGAGAUGGAGUCCACCGCCGAGGAGGAGGGUGCCCACCAGCUGAUGGUGAGCUUCAAGGUGCUCUACACCGUGGGGUACUCGCUGUCGCUCCUGACCCUUGUCUCUGCCCUGCUCGUCCUCACUGUCUUCAGGAAGCUCCGCUGUACCAGGAAUUACAUCCAUGCCAACCUCUUUGCCUCCUUCGGGCUGCGGGCGACCUCGGUGAUGGUGAAGGACGCGCUGUUGGAGAAGCGCUGGGGCAUGGAGGUGGUGCAGGUGGCCGACUGGGAGGCUCUGCUGAGCCACGAGGCGGCACUGGGCUGCCGGGCGGCGCAGGUGCUGAUGCAGUACUGCAUCCUGGCCAACCACUACUGGUUCCUGGUGGAAGCCGUCUACCUCUACAAGCUGCUGAUCGGGGCUGUCUUCUCCGAGAAGAAUUACUACAGGCUCUACCUCUACCUGGGAUGGGGGACCCCCGUGGUGUUCGUGGUGCCCUGGAUGGCCGCCAAGUACCUGAAGGAGAAUGCGGAGUGCUGGGCGCUGAAUGAGAACAUGGCUUACUGGUGGAUUAUCCGCAUCCCCAUCCUCCUCGCCUCCCUGAUCAACCUGCUGAUCUUCAUGCGGAUCCUCAAGGUGAUCCUGGCCAAACUCCGUGCUAACCAGAAGGGUUAUGCGGAUUACAAGCUGCGGCUGGCCAAAGCCACGCUCACCCUCAUCCCCCUCUUCGGGAUCCACGAGGUCGUCUUCAUCUUUGCCACUGAUGAGCAAACCACAGGCAUCCUGCGUUACGUCAAGGUGUUCUUCACCCUCUUCCUCAACUCCUUCCAGGGCUUCCUGGUGGCCGUGCUGUACUGCUUCGCCAAUAAGGAGGUGAAGUCAGAGAUGAAGAAGAAGUGGCAGCUCUGGAAGCUCGACCACCCUGCGCUCUGCUGCACCCGGUGAUGCGGCAACCGGCCCCGCAGAGCCAGAGCAGAGGGGCUGCUGGCUGCAAGGGGCACGGGGACCCGGCUGGAGGGCAGGGGGCCGUGGGGAAGCCGUGCUGCAGCUUUGGGCUGGGACCAGCGUCUCAGCUGUGCCACACCUGAGAGCACUGGAGCUGCUGGAGGGGACAAUCCCCCCCCCCCCCGCUGCGGUCCAAAGGGGAGGCAGACACCCUUGGCUCUUACCAGACAUCGCUGCCCCUUCAGAAGAGCCUCACCUUGCUUGGGCUUGGUGAGCUGCAUGGGGAGAGGCACCUGCUGCUUUCUACUGCUGCCUGUACACCAUCAGCUACCUCUGUCCACCAGACGUGCUCAUGGAAAACCACCUUCCCGUCCACACCAACCUGGGCACCCAUGGAAAGGGAGCACGGUGGCUGGAGAGGAAGCCUGGCCAUCAGCAGAAGGCAAGCAGCAGGGGAUGGGAGAGGCUGCUGAGGCUGGCACUGCUGCACAGAUCUGCUGCCCCAGUGCCCAGAUGAACAGACAGCUCCUGCUGCACCCUGGGCCAUGCCAGCACUGCUCUGAUCCAGGGCAUCACCUUCCUACUCUCCUUGCCCUGAGCAAGGACCAUCUCACCAACGGCCUGCAAGCUCCAAGACAUCCAUCCCAGAGUCACUCUGCAACAAAGCUCUUCAUAGCGAGGUGCUGCCUCUGCAUCGAACAUGACAUCAGCACCUGCCUCCCUCCUCGCUGCUCUCCAGCUGCACAAAAUGCCAGGUUUCCUUCUCUCUGAGCCCCUCCUGCAGCAGAUCCCUCCAGAGUCCCCUUUGCAGCGAGCAGAGCCAAGGCAGCAGGCACGCACAUAGUUUCCUGCAGCACUUGAGCACUUUGACUGUUGUAUUUACCCUGCGCAUUAAGGGCAGCACUGCUUCUCCUUUGGUGGCAGGGGAAAACCACAACAGAGAGUUAAGGACUUGAGAGCAUCAUCUCGCUGGGAGCUGAGCCCGACCUCCCACAUCCCAGGCUCAGCAUCCAGCCCAGCCACCUCUCCCUUUGCAGCAGGUAGAGCUGUGAAGUCCCAGGCAGGAACCACAUUCCGCUCAGGAACAGUUUUGCUGGCAAAAGGCGGGGCAUUUCUGGGCCCAGCUGUGCAACAGCUGGGGUUCAAAAUCUUUGUUUUCCAGUAGGGUGCCAACACAUUAGCUGCCUACACUUGUCAAGCAGCCUGGUGAACCCUAGGAAGCCCAGGAGCAUCUACAUCUCUCUGCUGUCACAAGUGAAGCAUCCGAGCCUGUGCAGUUUGAGCAGUGCUGUUCACAUCUGGCUUAUGGCUCCCUCCCUGGGAGUGGCCCUGGUGCUCUCCAGUAAGAGCUGGGAGCAGCAGCAGAUGCCACCACUGCCCCGGCCCCCUUGCUUUUACCUUCCAUAGCAGGACAGACAUGCUGCUGAGUCAGUCAUUCCUACUGUGCAAUGCUUUA